UCUGAAGCUUCGCCUCCCCGCCCCGGGCUCUUGCUGAGGGCUCGGCCGCGAGCGAGCGAACCAUCGAAGGAGCAAAGAGACCGGGCGAAGCUCGGAGCCCAGUGGCCGGGGCGAGCGAGUGAGGGCCGGCGGGGGCGACGCGAGACGGCCGGGCACGCGCCGCUCAGCCUGCUGUCUGCGGCCCGGGCCGCGCGUUGCGCCAGGCAGGACACUGCUACUGCUGGAGGUGCCUGACAGGAAGCAACCUGCCUGCUUCCUUGAGCCUGGGUCAUCUGGCCACUUCAGCCCCUUGGGAUCUUCUGGAACCCUCAGGUGUAGCUCCACUUUGCUGCAACCAUGGGGUCCGAGGACCACAGCGCCCAGAACCCCAGCUGUAAGAUCAUGACUUUCCGCCCCACCAUGGAUGAAUUCAGGGACUUCAACAGAUAUGUGGCGUACAUUGAGUCGCAGGGUGCCCACCGUGCUGGCCUGGCCAAGAUCAUUCCACCCAAGGAGUGGAAGCCACGGCAGACGUAUGAUGACAUCGACGAUGUGGUCAUCCCAGCGCCUAUUCAGCAGGUGGUGACGGGCCAGUCGGGGCUUUUCACACAGUACAACAUCCAGAAGAAGGCCAUGACUGUGGGGGAGUACCGCCGCCUAGCCAAUAGUGAAAAGUACUGUACCCCACGCCAUCAGGACUUCGAUGACUUGGAGCGCAAGUACUGGAAGAACCUGACCUUUGUCUCACCCAUCUAUGGAGCUGACAUCAGUGGCUCCCUGUACGACGAUGACGUGGCGCAGUGGAACAUCGGCAAUCUGAGGACCAUCCUAGACAUGGUGGAGCGCGAAUGCGGGACCAUCAUUGAGGGCGUGAAUACACCCUACUUGUACUUUGGCAUGUGGAAGACCACGUUUGCCUGGCACACAGAGGACAUGGACCUCUACAGCAUCAACUACCUGCACUUCGGCGAGCCUAAGUCCUGGUACGCCAUACCACCGGAGCACGGCAAGCGCCUGGAGCGCCUGGCCAUAGGCUUCUUCCCUGGGAGCUCACAGGGCUGUGAUGCCUUCCUAAGGCACAAGAUGACACUCAUCUCGCCCAUCAUCCUGAAGAAGUACGGCAUCCCCUUCAGCCGGAUUACACAGGAAGCUGGGGAGUUCAUGAUCACGUUCCCCUAUGGUUACCAUGCGGGCUUCAACCAUGGCUUUAACUGCGCUGAGUCCACUAACUUCGCCACACUGCGCUGGAUCGACUAUGGCAAAGUGGCCACACAGUGUACAUGUCGAAAGGACAUGGUCAAGAUCUCCAUGGACGUGUUUGUACGCAUCCUGCAGCCCGAACGCUAUGAGCAAUGGAAGCAAGGCCGUGACCUCACAGUGCUGGACCACACGAGGCCCACAGCCCUGAGCAGUCCUGAGCUCAGCUCCUGGAGUGCCUCGCGCACCUCCAUCAAGGCCAAGCUCCUGCGCAGACAAAUUAGUGUGAAGGAGAGCAGACCCUGGAGAAAGGCUGAGGAGGAGAGGAGGCGGGAGCCGACCAGGAGGCCAGGGCCGGCGUCACACCGGAGACGGAGCCAGCCCAAGAAGUCAAAACCUGAAGAGUCCAGGUCUCCAGGGGAAGCCACGGCUGGGGUAUCUACUCUGGAUGAGGCCAGGGGCUGCUCCCGAGGAGAGGCCAUGCCUGAGGACGAGGAGGAGGAGGAGCUGCUACCUUCACAGGGCCAUGAGGCCGAGGGUGUGGAAGAGGAUGGCAGAGGCAAGCCUCGGCCUACUAAGGCCAGAAAUAAGAAGAAGACUCCCAGCCCGUCGUCACCCCCGUUGCUGUCUGCCCCACCAGCCCUAUUCCCCACCGAGGAGGUCCUGAGGCCACCACCCCAACCCAAGUCUCCAGGGCCAGCUAUGGGCCCCAUGGCUGCAGAGGGGGGUCCUCCACCAACACCCCUCAAUGUCGUGCCUCCUGGGGCGCCAGUUGAGGAAGCAGAGGUGCGGCCACGGCCCAUUAUCCCAAUGCUGUACGUGUUGCCCCGCACCAGCAGCACCGAUGGGGACAGGGAGCACUCUGCCCACGCACAGUUGGCACCCAUGGAGCUGGGGCCAGAAGAGGAAAACCAGGCCCAGGCUGGUGACUCACAGGGAACAACCCCUUUCUCUAAGCUGAAGGUGGAGAUCAAAAAGAGCCGGCGUCACCCCUUGGGUCGGCCACCCACUCGAUCCCCGCUGUCUGUGGUCAAGCAGGAGGCCUCAAGUGAUGAAGAAGCCUUCCUGUUCUCAGGAGAGGAUGAUGUCACUGAUCCUGAGGCCUUGAGAUCGCUGCUGUCCCUGCAGUGGAAGAACAAGGCGGCCAGCUUCCAAGCCGAGAGGAAGUUCAAUGCGGCAGCCGCCCUCAGUGAGCCCUACUGUGCCAUCUGUACCCUCUUCUACCCCUACAGCCAGGUGAGCUGCCUCAGUGGCCUCCCCACAUUGAUGGCACCCACUGUCACCUGUCCCACUCAGCCCCAGUGCAGCCUGGCCUACUGUGGCCCUGCGCUGAGUGCUGUGACUCUGCAGUCAGUACAGACAGAGCGGGACAGUGCUGUCCAGCCGCCCUCCAAAAGUGGCCAGAGGACACGGCCACUGAUCCCUGAGAUGUGCUUCACUUCAAGUGGGGAGAACACAGAGCCGCUGCCUGCUAACUCCUACGUCGGUGAGGACGGCACCAGUCCACUCAUCUCCUGUGCCCACUGCUGCCUGCAGGUCCAUGCCAGUUGCUAUGGUGUCCGGCCUGAGUUGGCCAAAGAGGGCUGGACAUGUUCCCGGUGUGCGGCCCACGCUUGGACUGCGGAAUGCUGUUUGUGCAACCUGCGGGGGGGAGCGCUACAGAGGACCACAGAGCACAGGUGGAUUCACGUGAUCUGCGCCAUUGCAGUCCCUGAGGUACGAUUCCUCAAUGUGAUUGAACGCAACCCAGUGGACGUCAGUGCCAUCCCUGAGCAGCGAUGGAAACUGAAAUGCAUUUACUGCCGCAAGCGUAUGAAGAGAGUGUCGGGUGCCUGCAUCCAGUGCUCCUAUGAGCACUGCUCCACAUCCUUCCAUGUGACCUGUGCGCAUGCUGCUGGUGUCCUCAUGGAACCCGAUGACUGGCCCUAUGUGGUGUCCAUCACCUGCCUCAAGCACCGGGCCAGCGGAGCAGGGGGCCAGCUCCUGCGCACAGUGUCCCUGGGCCAGAUCGUCAUCACCAAGAACCGCAAUGGGCUCUACUAUCGCUGCCGGGUCAUUGGCACCACUGCGCAGACAUUCUACGAGGUCAACUUUGACGAUGGCUCCUACAGUGACAACCUGUACCCAGAGAGCAUCACGAGCAGAGACUGCCUACGGCUAGGGCCACCUCCUGAGGGCGAGCUGGUGGAGCUUCGGUGGACAGACGGUAAUCUGUACAGAGCCAGGUUUAUCUCCAUGGCCACCAGCCUCAUCUACCAGGUAGAGUUUGAGGAUGGGUCUCAGCUGACUGUGAAGCGUGGGGACAUCUUCACACUGGAAGAGGAGCUGCCCAAGAGGGUGCGUUCCCGGCUGUCACUGAGCACUGGCACACCACAGGAGCCCAGCUUCUCUGGAGACGAUGUGAAGGCUGCCAAGCGCCCACGGGUGGCCUCAGUGCUGGCCACCACCACUGAGGACACAGGGCGUAGCCCAGAAUACCUGUCCUUCAUGGAGAGCCUGCUGCAGGCACAGGGCCGGCCUGGAGCACCCUUCUAGAUCCUGCCCACUCCUGUCCCACUGUAGGUAACUGGUAACAGGACCAGCAGGAUCCAACUUGGCCAGACUCAGGGAGUGGGGCCAGCACCCCUGGACUACAGUGACUCCAUGGGGCCUGGCCUGGCUCUGCUCUUCUCCUAAAGGUGCUAAGGGGCAUCCUAGAGCCUCCUGUGACAGAUGCUAGCCAAGGACACUGGGGCACAGCCCCAACCUGUUUUCUAGAUUUGUGGCUUUAAAAACUGACAGCAGGCACAUUCUUUUUCCUCUAAACCAGGAUGUGAGGAGAUAAAAGUUUCAUCUGUGUUUGACACCUGCAGAUGUUUGUCUACUGAUCAGGUCGAAAGGCACUUUUGUAUCCCUGGAAGGGACAGCAGUCCAGUGUGCAGUGACCUGUGUGAUGGCCGCUUGUGAUUCCUCAUGCUUCCUGCUCUGGGAGGUGGGCCUGCAGGAGUGGCCCCUGCCAUGCCCCCACCAUGUCCCUGCUCUGUGCAGAGUCUGCUUCACUCUGCCUCUGCUGCCUGGGGUCCCAUGAGCCUUCACACUUGGACCAGGGCCUCUGUGUGGCUGAGGGCAGGAGAAAGCAGGUGACACCUUCACUUGAAGCCCUGGUCAAGUGACACAGGACGCAGACUUCACAGGCCCAGUCUGCACUAUCCGCCACCGCCCACGGGUUGGCUAUGGGCUCUGUCUCUUUAGAAGCUAUGGCCACCCUAGGGCAUCAGGCCCAGGAUAGACAGCUGAUCUUAAAUGACAAAGGACUGGACUGAGGGCCCUGGGCCUGUGGACCAGCUGGAAACUUAGGGACUGGGCCUCUGCUGAGUGCCCGAUGGCGGCCGUGCCCAUGUGUACUUGGAAAUUCUAUUUAUAUUGUAAAGAGAAUAAAAAAGGACCUAACCUUGGGCCUGGAGGGAGAGGCCAGACCACAGGAGUCUCAGGCUGUGCCCCUUGUGGGCUCUGCAGUGGCUGCAGGUGGCCCCACACAUGCCCCACACAGAGAGGUCCGGGUUUUUGUGCAAAAGCAAAACCAUGCCCUCCUCCUCUCCCCACCCCAGAUGAAGGACUUCAUAUUUUUGCCUCAUUCUCUGGCCUCCAGUUCAGUAUCAAUUAAAGCCCGUGAGCUGAGCGCUUCCUAUUCCCACCUGGUCAUGGCUGUGUCUUCAUUUCUGGCCAGGACAAGAUCGGCUCCGGAUGGGGUGUCCUUGGCAGGCAUGAUGGGUGCAGUGUGUCCUGGUCUGGAUGUAGGGGCUGCCAAGGAGGUGGGAUACCAUCCCCAAGACUUUUAGUCUCACCCCAGUGGCAUGGAGCUGAGGCAGCAUGUCUCCCCUGGAUGUCUGUGUUCUCUGACUCUCUGCUUGUCAGCUGCCCAGCCUCGGCCUACUUCUACACUAGGUGGGGCCACAGAUGAGCAGAGGCCCUGGGGUUGGGCAGAUCAUGGCCUGGUGCAGUAGAGGGAGGACUGGAGGAAGGGAAGCCCUGCCCUGCCUGAUGGGCCAAAGGGAAGACUUGGGUUUUCCCUGGAGGAGGGAGGAGAGUGGAAGCUACAGAAGGCUAUGGGCAGAAGAGGGAGGAGCCUACCAGGUACUUACAGCAGGAGGUCAGUGGCAGGCCCCUGGGUGGCGCAGGGGCCUUUUUUUCUAUUCCUCUUUCUGUUCCCUCAUAAGAUGAUGGGACAGGCCAGGCGUGGUGGUGCAUGCCUUUAAUCCCAGCACUGGGGAGGCAGAGGCAGGCGGAUUUCUGAGUUCGAGGCCAGCCUGGUCUACAAAGUGAGUUCCUUGACAGCCAGAGCUAUAAAGAGAAACCCUGUCUCGAAAAACCAAAAAAAAAAAAAAAGUUGGGACAGAUGUUUCCUCUAGGAAGGGAAGGGAAGGCGGCCCUGCCAGAGGCAUGGCCAGGACCCUGUGGGAGUGGAGCACUGUGCUAGGAAGGGGCAUUGAACUAGCUCUGAACCUGCCUGGCACAUCCUGCCAAGCUCACAUAUGCAGCCUGCAGCCCUGGGCCACAUCCAGCGGUGGACCUGUUUAUCAAUAAAGUUUUACUUGCA